GUUCGUCAUGCAUUUUUAUAUACUCCAUAAAAUCUAUAUAAGUUCACUAAUGGCCCAACUUUCAAAGCUCAAUUACCCUAAAAUUUAAUCCCUUACACCUGACGAAGAACCCGGACAAAAAAGAAAAUGUCUAAACUAAACCACGCAAAGAUCAUCCUCCGCCGCUCCAGCGAACGCGGCUACGCCGAACACGGCGGCUGGCUCAAAACCCACCACACCUUCAGCUUCGCCGACUACUUCGACCACCGAUUCCAGCAUUUUGGCUGUCUCCGCGUCCUCAACGAAGACCGUGUCUCCCCGCGCAAUGGCUUCCCCACGCACCGACAUCGAGAUGCCGAAAUCUUCAGCUACAUCCUCAGUGGCGAGCUCACGCACCGGGAUAGUAUGAUCCAACGAGGCAAGGAAGGCGUCCAGGGCAAGGACUUCUAUCGAAUGACACGGGGCGACGUACAAUUUACUACCGGAGGGAGCGGAAUCGCUCACUCUGAACAAAACGAACAUACCUCGAAACCAGUCCACUUCCUCCAAAUCUGGGUCCUGCCGUGGAAAUCCUCCCUCAAACCCCAAUAUCACACCAUGAGUUUCUCCGACAACGCAAAGCGCCAGUCUUUCGUCCCUCUUAUCUCGCCCCUGGCUGCUGGGCCAGAGGCUACCCCUGCCCAAGAGGAAGCGGCCGUGCCUGCCAUCCCCGGGACGAUUCCCAUCCAUGCGGACUUCGUCAUGGGGGCGGGGAUCAUCGAGCCUGGGAAGACGUUCACGUGGGCUGUUGGGGGGAAGGAUGGGGCGGUGCAGUCGACACGGAAGCGGAAUGUGUAUGUUCAUUUGCCGGCGAGUAAGAAGGGGGGAGCUAGAAUUCGGCUGGAUGGGAGGGAAGAUAGAGUGUUGGAGGAGGGGGAUGGGGCGUUUGUGGAGGGGGUGAAUGUUGGGGAUGUGAUUGGGGUGGAGAGUUUGGGGGAGGUGGAGGCGGAGGUGGUUGUUUUGGAUAGUAAUUAAGCGGUUUUUUUUCUCUUUUUCCCUUUUACCCCUUUUUUCUUUCUUUUUUUUGGAGUUUUUGCGUUUGAUUUUUCUUUUUCUAUCUCCACUCCUUUCUUGCUUUCGUGUUGCUUGGUGUUGGGGUUGGUUCGUUUCGAUGUGGUGUAUUCUCGGCUUUUCUUUUCUCUGUCAGUUGUAAAUACCAAAAUAUGGAAGUGGGUAUCUUGAUAGACUGUACUCGGGGAUUUGAUCUAUUUUUCAUUCUAGACCGGCCCACUUUCCGAUGGAUCUGGUUUGAGCGAGACCUUCGGCAUGCCGAGCUCGAUCCGAGAGACAACAAAGGUCGGUUGAUAUAGUCUUGUUCUCGAAGCUUCUUGCAAUGGAGGAAUACGCAACGCUAUCCUUAGAUUGAGUCACAUGUCGCUCACGUGAAGAUUGGCUGUAUGCAAAUUUGGCAACGAAAAUUGACAGAUCUAUCUAGAUUAAUACAAUAUA